AGAGGAAGUCACAGAGUUAAUCUUUAAAAUCCACUGAACAAAGACUUUGCAUCCCUUCUGCCCUGCCCUUUGGGCAGCCACAUAAAGAAAGAUGCUUCACUGAAGAGUUUUUUGCACCACCUCCUAUCACUAUGCAGGCUUCCAUGGGACUCUUCCUCUUCUCUGUACUUCUCACCACAGGUGCCUCUUUGCAGUGUGACACAUGCUCAGCCCCAGGGAGCAGCUGCACUGGUAUGGAGAUGAGUUGUACAUCUCAACAGACCUGUCUCACCAUUGUGGGUGAACAAACAACAGGAGGGCAGACGUCUACACACAUUUGGAAGAGUUGCUAUUCCCAGGCUGCCUGUAGUGUUCUGAAACCUGGAGCAAUAUUUGAAACAUCUGGAACAUCAAUUAAAAUCCAAAAAGUUACAUGCAAGGCCCCUCCCUCUUCAGCAUCUCUCCUGCUGGCUCUCUCAGGACUUCUGAUGCUGAAGGUUCUCUUCUAGCCCACCUCCCGAAGACCUGACGGAGCCUUCGUAGCUUUUCCUCUGGAUCUGCUCAUUUGGCCUUUCACAGAGAAUAGGCCACUAACUGGCUUUAAUGAGCGCAACAAAUAAAAUGGGUUGACAAGGAAA